UACAAAUGCUAUAAAAGUACGUAGUGUAUUUGGUAAUGCAAGUAAGAAAGUUCUUCCAAUAUCUGCUGUAAAAGAUAAUUACAACUAUCAUAUGGGUAGUGAUGAUAUAGCUGAUCAAUUAAGGGGUUAUUAUGCAACACAAGUUCCUGUACAUCACACUUAG